AUCUCAACAAUACUACCUAGUCUGUUCUUCAUGUCCAUUUGUCUGUUUGAUACUUCCCUUAUCCAAUCCCCCAUGCCUACUGCCCUCACUCACCUCCGCCCUCUCAUAUCCUCAUCAUCACCCUUUUUCCUUCCCUCAAAACCCCUUCAAUUAUCUCCCUCUAUAUCCAUCUACACCCCUUUUUCUUCAUCUUCCACUUUAGUACACCAACAAAUUCUUUCCAAUUCCCAAGAACCCCAACUCGAUGACAACAAAUGUGAACCCCAAAGUUUCAGUUUUGACGAUUCUUGUUUUGAUUCUUUGGAAUUGAAGAAGUUUGAAACCCCAUGUGUUGAGGUGGGUGAAUUAGAGGAUAUUCCUGAUCAAUGGCGGAGAUCAAGAUUAGCUUGGCUUUGUAAAGAACUACCUGCACAUAAGACACCUACUAUGGUUAGGAUUCUUAAUGCACAGAGGAAGUGGUUUAGGCAACAAGAUGGGACUUAUAUUGCUGUUCAUUGUAUGCGUAUUCGAGAAAAUGAUGCUGCUUUUAGGGUUUACAAAUGGAUGAUGCAGCAACAUUGGUUUCGAUUUGAUUUUGCUCUAGCUACGAAGCUAGCAGAUUACUUGGGUAAGGAACGAAAGCACUUGAAGUGCCGGGAGAUUUUUGAUGACAUAAUUAAUCAGGGGCGAGUGCCUUGUGAAUCUACAUUCCAUAUUCUCAUUAUUGCCUAUCUUAGUUCACCUGAACCAUCGGUGUUAGAUGAAGCAUGUAGCAUCUACAAUCGCAUGGUGCACUUGGGAGGUUAUAAGCCUCGACUUAACUUACACAAUUCUCUUUUCAAAGCUCUUUUGGGGAAGACACAGGGCUCGAGUAAACACUUUUUGAAACAGGCUGAAUUUAUAUACCAGAACUUGAAUUCCUCUGGAUUGGAAAUACACAGAGAUAUUUUUGGCGGUCUUAUAUGGCUUCACAGUUAUCAAGAUGUGGUGGAUAUGGAAAGAAUUGAUGUGCUAAGGGCAGAGAUGCAAUCAAGAGGAAUUAAGGAGAGCAAAGAGGUAAUUGUUUCAGUUUUAAGAGCUUGCUCAAAGGACGGGAACGUGGAGGAAGCAGAAAAAACUUGGUCAAGACUCGUCAAUCCUCCUUCUCAAGCUUUUGUUUAUCGAAUGGAAGUCUACGCAAAGAUCGGAAAACCUACAAAGUCAUUUGAAGUAUUUAGGAGGAUGCAGGAACAACUGGGGUCCACCUCCGUUGCAGCAUACCAUAAAAUAAUAGAAGUGUUGUCUAAAUAUCAAAAACUAGACCUUGCAGAUUCUAUCAUGUCCGAGUUCAUAAACAGUGAUACGAAACAGCUGAUCCCAUCAUUCAUCGAUUUGAUGGGGAUGUACUCUGUUGCAGGUUUACACGAGAAACUAGAAUCUACCUUUCUCCGGUACCGUGAAGUCUGCCCUCCGAAUUUAACGAUUUUUAACAUUUAUUUGGAUUCGUUGGUGCACACUGGCAAUCUAAAACCAGCUGAAGAAAUCUUCAAAGAAAUGCGCAGUGACGUGGCCAUUGGUGUUAAUUCUCGUUCUUGCAACAGUAUUUUGAGAGGCUAUCUGACCUCUGGAGAGUAUGUGAAGGCAGAAAAGAUAUACAAUUUGAUGUGCCAAAAGAAAUACGAGAUCGAGAUUGAAUCUUCGUUGAUGGAAAGACUUGUCUAUUUUCUAAGCUUGCGGGAGAAAGUCGUUGAAGAACCUAUUAGGCCGAAGCUCACACCAGAACAACGAGAAGUUUUGACGGGGUUGCUUCUCGGGGGUUUGCAAAUUAUUAGAUCAGAUGGAAAGAAGAGAUUGCAUGCAAUACAUUUUGAGUUUAAUGAAGAGUUGAAAGUCCAUUCCAUUUUAAAGGGACACAUACAUGAUAAAUUUCACGAAUGGUUAGGCUCUCAUGAUGACAUCCCUAGUUCUUUUACUACCAUUUCACAUUCUUAUUUUACUUUCUAUGCUGAUCAGUUUUGGCCCGAUGGACAUCCUUGUAUACCAAAACUUAUACAUAGAUGGUUGUCGCCUCGUGUUCUUGCUUAUUGGUAUAUGUAUGGUGGUUACCGGACAUCAUCUGGUGAUAUUCUAUUGAGAGUAAAGGGAAGUCCAGAGGGUGUUGUGAGUAUUGUUAAAGCACUGAAAGUCAAAUCAUUAGAUUGUCGAGUGAAAAAGAGGGGGAGAGUCUUUUGGAUAGGUUUUCUGGGGAACAAUGCUACAUUCUUUUGGAAGAUGGUAGAGCCCUUUAUUCUUGAUGAAUUAAAGGAACUCCUUAAAGCAGGUGGCAACUUAGAUGGAUCCCUAGGGCCGGAGUUUGGCGAGAAGAAUUCAGAUUAUAGUGAUGCUGACACGUUGUAGAGCCUCGUCUGAUUAAUGUAUUGUUAUCUAUGCCUUUUAUUGCAAGGUGUAAUAGGUUAUUUAGAUUAAAAAUGUUGCUGCAAAAGUUUGUGGCUCAUAAGUUCCCCAGGUGCCACAGCACUAUCUUUUGUGAUGUCUCUAGUGGUGGGUGAAAAGUGAAAACCAUAUAUGCUUGACUCAAGACAAUCUACAAAGAAGAGAGAUACUGCUAGUCAAUUGAUGCUACAUGUGCUGAAU